GUUGCUGCCGUAGAUGAUGAUGAUGAUAAUGAUGAUGAUUAUGAUGAUGGUGGUGGUGGUGGUGGAUGUGGUAGUGGUGGUACUAGCACAUAGCGAUGGCGGUGGUAAAAGAACAUGACUGCUCGAUCGUGACCCAACAAAGGGUGAGGGGGAGGGAGUUACGAAGAAAAGAGUUGGAAAGAGAAAGAGAAUGAAAGGAAAACAGCUUUGAACCUAGAGACAAAGAAAGAUAGAAAGAGAAAGAGAAAGAGAGAUGACAGCAGAGCGCAAUGGCUUAUGCGGGUGGAAGAAGAGUGAAAGAGGAAGGAGGUGGAGGUGGUCUACUAAGUGGUGGUAGUAGUAAUACUGUUGGUGGUGGAGGUGUUGGUGGAGGUGGUAAUGGUGGAGGUGGUAAUGGUGAGGAGGAGGUAGGAGAUGCAGCCUCCGCCAGUAUCCACGUGUUCAGUGUAGUAGCGCGUUAUGACCCGGAUGUUAGAUCGUAGCUGCAGUUUCGCGAGAACCUGCCGACCCGGAUGUCCCGCUCGACGUCUACCGCUGAUCAACAGCUAAUGUCCUCCUGGCCACCAAAAUAUGUUCAAUCGGAUAGAUGCGAGCAAAUCGACGAAAGGCGCCAGCAAACUACGAAGGGACCUGAUAAAUGCCGAAAUCGCGAAUCUACGUGAUCUACUCCCGCUACCGCCCUCGACACGCCAGAGACUUUCUCAGUUGCAACUUAUGGCCUUGGUCUGCGUCUUUCUGCGAAAAGCCAACUACUUUCAACAAGCCCUGAAAAAUUGUCCGUCGGAAUCAUCGAACAUGCCAACCCCAAACAUCGGAUUUUCCAAAUGCAUACAAUUCUUUCAGGCUAUGUCCGGAUUUAUCAUGAUGAUGACGCAACAAGGAAAAUUAUUGUACAUAUCGGAAAAUGCUGCGGAAUACCUCGGGCAUUCGAUGGAGGAUUUGUUAAUCCAUGGGGAUAGCGUUUACGACGUGAUAGAUAAACAGGACCACAUGAUAGUUCAAAAUCAAUUGGCAAGAAAUAGUCCAGCACCGAAUGACAGAAGAUUAUUCCUUUGUCGGAUAAACGUGUCAAGAAAUUCUCGAAGGCAGCUUCGGUUUGGCGAUCAAAAGGUUAAAGUCGUCUUAGUGGAAGGUCAUUUCUUACCUUUCGUUCCUGUUUGCAAUCGUAAUGAAUUCGUUUUUUUGGCAUCUUGUACUCCGGUUGUUUUACCGGAAACACGAGAAAGUAUCGUUCAAGGAGCCACGAAUAUUUUCACUACGAUUCACUCGAUGGACAUGAAGUACCUGCACAUUGAUAAAACAGCGGAAAGUCAUAUGGAGUAUAACCGUUCGGAGCUCGUUGGUGUUUCGUGGUACAAUCUUUUGCAUUGGGAUUCGAUACGAACGGCUUAUUGCAAACAUCAGACAGUUAUACAAUCGGAUCAAGAAAGAUCGAGUACAGCUUUGUUGAGGCUACAAAGUCGUUCCGGAAGAUGGUUCUGGGUUCAUUGCGUUCUCCAAGUAAAGGAAACGUCGGAGGAGUGUCAGCAUCCAAUAAUCGUGUGCACCAAUCAAGUAUUAAGCGAUAGAGAAGCCGAAGUGAUGAGAUCGAGUUCAUGGUUGUAUCAAUAUUCGUCUCAAGCAAAAUUCACUUAUGGUAUAUGUUCAACUGGACAGACACGUGGCGUGGCAUACACGAUUGGUGCACAAAGUACUGGUUCACAGCAACAACAGGAAUACGUACGUUCAUCGUCAUUGGGACACAGUAGCGAUGCCGAACAGUCACCAUCGAUUUGCAACUUGGAUCAAGAAUCUCAUAGAUCUACAAAAACAGAACCAGUGGAUUAUCCUAGCAGGUUACCUUGGGACGAUGUAGAACCGGUCGACAUGUCUAUCGGUAGUGCCCAAGAACAUGACAACAGGAGUUUACAGUUUCACUCGCAACAUGGCAAUCCCCAUCAUCAUCAUCACCAUCAUCAUCAUCAUCCUCCUCAUCCUCCUCCUCAGGGACUUGGACAAUUCUCCGGUAGAUACCAUAAGUCGCAUCAAAAAAGUUCCUUACAUUUGGCUGGAUACAGAGGGAAAUUUGUGCAGUAUCACGGCCAGUUUAGCAGCGGGACGGACACUACGAAAUAUUACAUCACCGAUCUGGACAAGGAAUACGGAUGUACCGGUGAUCAGCGGAGUACCGUCCACAAACGACUCCCUACGAAAGUUUUACCAUCAGCGAUAACAGUUGGCUCGAGCCCUAACGAGCCAGUCGAGUCCUCGACCGAACAUUGGAGUUCCAGUCCAGCAUGGUCCGACGCCUUGCAGAGGGUCCCUGACGUGGUUCAUCAGGAGCUCAGUCCAUAUAUCACCACACCGACGACUCCUGCAGACACACCAGAUUCCGAUUUACAUUCCGAGGCACCCAUUUUCAAUUUCGACUGGGCUGGAGAACAACACGUACCCAAUUUGAAGAUAACAUUUCGUAGCUCCAAUCACGAGCCAAAAGAUGUUCAAGACGUCCAACCUAUAACUCUACAAUUACCCCGUAGAAAGGGCCAUUCCGGUGACGAGUCUAAGGACUUUGCCAAGUGAAUGUCCGUUUCUUUUAGUUAGACCAAUCUCUCUUUAAUUUAACAACUUUCGCGUUCUCUGAUAUCUUCUUGUUCUUUAUUUUAUUUUAUUUUUUUUCUUUCUCCUAUACAAUCGUAGCUCAUAAAUUUAACGGUGCUGUGGAUAACCGAGUAUUUACGUUGACCUAAUUGUUGUCGACAAUUAAUCUAAUCGGUGAAGUAUUGAUCUGUGCCUUUUAGAUUUUAAUAAUAUAGUUCUUUUAGUAAUCCCCAGACCCUUUGCUUGUUAUAUAAUUCCUAUACGAAUGAUACGUACAAGUAAAGGUAAUCUGUCCAAUUUAGGGCUAACUUUUUAAAUAGAAAUAUUAAUGUAGGGAUACGCAGCGUGCAUAUGUAAGAAGUAGACUUUUAAAUACGAUGAAGGACAAACUAUCCGAAUUUUUGCGUGAAAAAAGGGUGCACGAUAAAUCAACGAUUAGAAUGACAAUAUUUUCGUAUAUAUUAAAAUGACAUGAGAUAUAAAUAAUAAAAAUGAAUGUAUAUCGUUGCAUAUAGUUACCUUUUAUCACGAAAAAUAAUAUGGCGACGACGAUGACGACACAACAAAAACAACAAAUGGUAAAAAUAUUAUCUUAUUUUUUUUUCUUCUUUUUUUUGUUGUUGUACAGCGAUUUUACGCGAAAGUAUCAGCAUAAAACAAUAAUAGAUUUUUACGUGUAAUUUUGUAGGAUAAAUUUGUCGCAAACUCGUAUUGCGAAUAUUUUUUAUGUAGACGUUCCUGAGCACCCAAUGUAUAAACGUACAAUUUCUAAUUAAUAAUGUUCGCGCAUAAUAGUAUCCUUUCAUUUUCUCUCUUUUUCUCUUUCUCUUUCUCUCUUUCUCAUAUCAAGAAUUUUCUAUUAUUAAUUAAUUAGCAUUGAAUGAAAAAACAAUGACGCUUCAAAAUGGCGUCUCAAUAAAAAAAAACGCAUAAUUAUUUUAAUUCUAUUUGUUACGAGUUUUUCCGGUUAUAAUUAGGCGAGAGUAAGCAUUUAUUAUUAAAAUCUCCUUUGAUUUCAUUAAAUUUAU